AUGUCGCCACACGCAAGUCGGGAAUACAUCCCCCUCAUCUCUUCACCCUUGAACCCGAAGCAACCAUAUACAGUGCCGGCGCAUGCGCCGUCAACACCAGGAAAGCGACGCUCGAGCCAGAUGCGCGGCGAUCUCAGCCCUACGGAGCGCUUACUGCGGUCAAAGGCUGCAUUGGCGUGGAAGUCGACCCAGGACGGUGCUGGGUCCCGCAGAGAGAAAUCGCGGCCGCGGGUCGAAUACGGGCGCGGAGGAACAGUAGUCAAAGCGCCGUUACGAAAAUACCCGGCGCACUGGGACGAAGACAACGACGACGUGGACGCGUUUUACAGCGACGCUGGCGAAUACGACUAUGACGACGACGGCGGUGAGACCAAGGCGUGGGCGGGCGGCCUAACGGUGAUGCGGUCGCGGCUCCUACGCGACACGGCACGAAGGGCGUUGCUCAUGUUCGGCCUCACAUGCCUCGGCGGUUGCCUCCCGAUUUUUGCGCUUCUGUCAUCGGCAAGUUCACCAGGCGGGGUGUGGUCUCUUGGAAAGUCGAGCACUCAGGCGGCGAGCGCAUAG